AACCACCGGAACCCUGCUGCACGUGAUCAAAGGAAGCCUUGGCACCGGCAUCAUGGCGAUGCCGCUGGCCUUCAAGCAGGGCGGCCUACUGUUCGGCACGGUUGGUACGGUUGCGAUUUGCGCCAUCUACGCCCACUGCGUUCACCUGCUGGUCAGCACAUCGCUAAAAGCAAGCAAACGCAAGAGAGUUCCACUGCUGGGCUUUUCGGAAACGGCGGAAGCCGUGUUCUCCAAUGGUCCACGUGGGGUUCGGCCGUUGGCGACGUUGGCCACCCGCUACGUCGACGUAAUGAUCCUGAUCCAGAGCUUCCUCUCGUUCUGCCUGUAUCUGGUCUUCAUAGCGAAAACCCUCAAGGACGUCCUGUACAACCAGCAACAGAUCGAUUGGGACACCCGGAUCUACAUCCUGCUGGUACUGAUUCCCGCCGUGGUCAUUACGCAGGUUCGAGAGCUAAAGUAUCUGGUACCGUUUUCCGGCUUUGCGAACGCGAUCAUGAUUACCGCGAUCGGAAUCGUACUGUACUUUGUGCUAAGUGAACCGCUGGAGAUCGAAGAUCGCAACAUGUUUCCACAGUGGAGUACGCUUCCGUCGUUUAUUAGCACAGUGCUGUUCGCAAUCCAAGGGAUUCGAUACAUCCUGCCGAUCGAGAACAAAAUGAAGCAUCCGGAGGACUUUCUGGCCAGAUUUGGAGUGAUCAACAUCGCGAUCACCUUCCUGACCGCACUCUACAUCGUGAUGGGAUUCUUCGGGUACGCACAGUACGGCGAUCGGACGCAAGGAUCCGUAACGUUGAACCUCCCAAGUGAGAAUGCGUUGGCCGAAUCGACCCGCUUGUUGGCGGCGAUCGCGGUUCUGCUUACCUUGGGACUCAGCUAUUACGUGCCGAUGGAGAUUAUGUGGCACAAGUUGGGGGAGCUGGUUCAGGUUAAGUAUCACAACUGGGCACAGAUUGGGAUGCGGUUCGCUGUGCUGAUAGUGCUAGCUGCGGUAGCAAUUGGAGCGCCGGAGAUCGAACCAUUUGUUGGAUUGGUGGGAUCGUUUGGAAGUGGAACGCUGGUGGUGUUGUACCCAGUGGCCAUGGAUGUGAUCUUCCGGUGGCCAGAUGGGUUUGGAUGGAUGAAGUGGCACCUGGUUAAGAAUAUUGUAUUGUUUGUAUUUGGAUUGCUAGUUCUGAUAUUUGGAACGUACUCUAGUAUUAAGAACAUUGUAGAUUUGUACAGGUAGAAUCAAUAAAGAACGUUUUCCAACUAAUUACGUUCAACAAUCUCGUGUACGUGACGUACGUGAUCGUGCGAACUUCCCUCGACCGGUAUGAUUAACCAAUUACGCGUCAUAGAGUAGAUCUUUACCAGCGGUACUGCAAUGACACACGGAUAAAAGCCCAGCAAAAUAGAAAAAUCACUAUCCGCGUAAGUUAUUCGAAGAUCUUUUCGAAUAUCAGAACAAACCUGCACAAUGUACGGCAGUUGAAGUUUACCAGCAGGGUUACGAGGUUGCGAUCGUGCCAUGGAGUCAAUACAGAUGAUGGAGAGGUUUUAUUUUUAACAAUAAGAGACUCCUUUAGAACAAUUUGACACUUUUAAAGCAUUUCAGGAAUGCUGAGUUCAAAGAGUCCAAAGAUGAUAGUGACUACAAUCCAUUUGAGCAUCGGAAUGUGGAAAAGCCAAACUCGUUCGUAUCAAAAUGUUAUUUUUAAAUUAAGUUAAAAAAUAAACUUUAAUUAUUCAAACAAUUUUUAGAACAUUUGGCACAUUGCUGCACGUG